AUGAUGCCUUUACUAGUUAGCCUAACCCAAAGUCUAUCUAUCUAUCUAUCUAUCUAUCUAUCUAUCUAUCUAUCUAUCUAUCUAUCUAUCUAUGUCAGUAUGUUCGUUAUCUAUCUAUCUAUCUAUCUAUCUAUCUAUCUAUCUAUCUAUCAUUAUCUCUCUCUCUCUCUCUCUCGCAUUCUAUUAAUAUCUAUCUAUCUAUCUAUCUAUCUAUCUAUCUAUCUAUCUAUCUAUCUAUCCCAGUCUGCUCCUUAUCUCUCUUUCGCUCUCUCGCAGUCUAUUAAUAUCUAUCUAUCUAUCUAUCUAUCUAUCUAUCUAUCUAUCUAUCUAUCUAUCUCAGUCUAUUCAUAUCAAUCUAUCUCAGUCUGCUCAUUAUAUCUCUCUUUCUCUCUCUCUCAGUCUAUUAAUAUCUAUCUAUCUAUCUAUCUAUCUAUCUAUCUAUCUAUCUAUCUAUCUAUCUAUCUCAGUCUGCUCGUAUUCUCUCUCUCUAUCUCUCACUCCCAGUCUAUUCACAUCUAUCUAUCUAUCUAUCUAUCUAUCUAUCUAUCUAUCUAUCUAUCUAUCCAAAUACUUCCACACAAAUUUCUAAAACGACACAGAAUGUAUUUGAACUCUGGGUUAAUUAAAGGAUUAACAAACAUGUAG